AUGGCGCCACGUUACGAGAAUUCACCUACAUCUUCUUGGAUCGCUCUAUCGUGUUUCUUUACUGACUCAUGGCCGAUGUUGGCUUUUGCAUCUGCUGCAUGUCUAUUUAUUGGACUCGUGUUUUUUCUCGUUGGUCUUGUUACAUUGCUGAAGGGCACAGACCCGGCUGUAGUUCGAAGCUGGAUCUUUUUUUGCACUGGUAUCUUUUUAUUGGUCAUGGGUUUGUUAAUGAUUUUGUUGUGUCGCAUACGAAAUCCUCGAUUUCGAUCGGCAUCACGGCAUAGGCGGCAUGCUACAACACGCCCGCAAAACCGACGCGAUCCACUUCCAGUUUGGACCAUUGAUGCUAUUGACCCAACUUUCAGACCGCCGCCACCCUAUUCUGAAGUUAUACAGUGCAGUUCAAAUGUACCGCAUAGGUCCACAUCAGAUUCUAUGAUACUAUCAAGACCACCGCCAUAUUCUGCCGCAUCUAUUAGAAAUUCGAGGAUCACUGAUGUUUAG